AUGUGUCACUUUCUUCUUGGACUGCCAUGGGAUUGGGCUUUUCUAUUAGGAUCCAUAUUUGCUGCUGUAUCUCCAGCAGUAAUCGUUCCAUGUUUAUUCCGUCUUCGUGAGAAAGGUUACGGUGUGUCUAAAGGAAUUCCGACUUUGGUGUUAGCUGUUUCCGGUAUAGAUGAUGCAGCCAGUGUCGCGGUUUUCGGCAUUAUAACAUCAACUAUGUUUUCAAAUGCUUCUCUUACAACAAGUCUUAUUCAAGGUCCGCUAAGUGUUGUUUUUGCCGGAAUCGCAUUUGGUUGUGUUAUGUGGCUUUUUGUUAAAAUACAUUCCAGAAAGAAAUGA